AUGAGCGGUCUAAGUAAGCUUGGGACUGGAUUGACUGUGGUCUUCCUUGUCUGUCUCUUGCUUCUACUCGCCGAGAUCUCCUACGUCUUCUGGUGCCGUCGUAGAUUCCGACAACAAAAUGCCACCGUAGAGUCUGACGCUUCCGGGGAACCUUACUCCACCUCCACCACCACCACCACCACUAGCAGCAGUCCUUCUAAGGAGCUAAUAUACUUCUCCUGCUGGAAAAAACAGUCCCGCAUCGAGCCCGCAACAGCUCCGACAGCUCCGGCCACCACGGACCAGGAGAAUCCAUCACCGGAAAUCGAUAACCCUUUGAAAUGGCAUGUGCUGUAUGGGCAGUCAAGGCUUCUGUUCACUAUCAAGGAAGAGGACAGAGAGGAUUUGGAAUCCGAGAAAUCUUCCUCGGCGGAACGGAACCCAAACCCCAUCAACCCCAAGAGGAAGAGGGUUUCUCUAGGCGAUUGUUUUGAGAUUACCAAAGAAGAUCCACCGGUGGAGAGUCUGGUGACGGAGAAGGUCUCCGUCGUACUCGAUGUGGAAAAUCUGCAAACAGAGAGUACCCCAUUUAUGACCCCCUGCGCUUCCCCUUCUUCCGGCUCUCCAUCUCCUUCUCCUCCUAGUGUUGCCGGCGAAAACAAAAGAGAGGAGGGACUUCAGUUAGCUUAG